AUGAUAAUAAAUAUCAAUACUUUACAUACCUCCUACACUUUGAAAGGGUCUAACUCAGCAAACCAAAAACAACCGAAGAUGACUGACCGCAAAGCAGUUAUUAAAAAUGCUGAUAUGAGCGAAGACAUGCAGCAAGAUGCUGUGGACUGUGCGACGCAAGCUAUCGAAAAAUAUAACAUUGAAAAGAUGAAAUGGGUUUCGUAGUUAGUAUGACCCCAUGCAUGGGGAACUAGUUGUGUAACCAAGAACUAAAUUUGGCUGAGUGGUCAAUAUGAAUGAGUCUUGAAUCAAUCUGUAUAUUCAAGGGGGUCUUUAGGGCUCAAGUACUCUUCAAAACCUCGGAGCCCAAUACGUUUUUCCUUAUAUAAAAAAGUAUGCUAUACUUUUUAUGAAAUGACAUUGCCGCUUACAUAAAGAAGGAAUUUGACAAGAAAUACAACCCGACCUGGCACUGCAUUGUGGGUAGGAAUUUUGGAUCAUAUGUAACACAUGAAACACGCCACUUCAUUUACUUCUAUCUAGGUCAGGUGGCAAUAUUGUUGUUCAAGAGUGGUUAAAUUAUUGUUCCCAGUUCUCAGUAUUCCACUAAUGAUAGAAUGACUGUUUUUUUAUUUUCAAAUAACCUGUAUCUUGAAACCGGUUCGAUUUUUCUACACAUUUUCGAUGGACGGGAGUGACAUAUAUACGUAAAUGACUCGAAAACGUGUAUAAAAAAUUAUUAGUUUUAUUUAAGAAUUUAUAUACUUUUCGGAAUAAAAUUAUUUUGUUGAAUACUUCUACUAAUUUUCUCCGAGACAUUCAGGAUGCCCAGCAGCACCCCAUAAAUUUAUUGUAUCAAGUCAUUUCAAAAAAAAUAUAUCAUUCAAAUCAUAAUAUGCAAUGUGUUUGAAAAAUAAAUAUUGCACGUAAACAUGAAUACAUAGCAUUUAUUGUGACAUAUUGUCAAAGGUUAGGUAAUCUGUUCUAGAAAGCAAAAUAAAUACAGUUCUGAUGAUUCUUUGAUCUUCAAAUUUGUGGAGUCCUGACUGUCAGGCGAUCUAUCCUGGAUAUAACGCACAAUUUAUCAAAUUUGUGCUGCUCUAGAUCUAAUGUUAAUCUUCCAGUUAUUUGUGGACAUUUCUGAUUUUUCCAUUAAAUUAUAUGGUAAAUAAUUCUCAAUAUGGUAAAUGUCCUUCGGGAAAUUGUGGAAUUUUGGAAGUUUUGACACUUUUUCAGUAUAUACCUGCACACCACGCUUUGCAAGUAACUAUUUUUCUCUUGAAGUUUUUGGAGGAUAGCCAGAUAUUCUAGCGGACUGAAGCAUUUGGAAUUUUCUAAAGUCGAGCUACCAUGUACAUGAAUAAGAUUUGCACCACAUUUUCAUGUAGAAUAUCACGACACCACCACACUAUAUUGAUGAUUGUAAAUAUUCCCUAUAUCAUAAAUACGGGUUUUAGACAUUUUGUAUUGAGAACGCAAAAGCGUCAUGCAUAUUAUUUUCCAGUGCAUUGGCUUUGCCACACAAAUUCUUGUUACGUUCAGGGUGAUGUCAAAAGACCCGCGUUAAAGAUCCUGCGAUUUUUUUUUACUUACGAAGAAAAUGUGUAUAUAUUUUUUCUAGGUUUUCAGUCUAUGGUAAUAGGGGUUGUAAGAGAAGUCAUAUUUCACAAUCAAAUGUUCUUCAAAUGGUAUCAUCAUGCUAGUCAAAUCGUUUGAGUUUUUUCAUAUUUAAACUUCUAAGGAAAUGAAUAAUGGUAUCCAAACAUACAUAACUGUUAACUAUCAUAUAAGGAAAUAAACACAAAUAACUGGAAUUCCCAAAGACCCUUUUCCUAUUUGUCACUAAAUGUUGAUGUUUGAAUUAUUACUCAGUGAAAUAUUUGGCAGAAUAUCCUUCGGUAGCAAUCAGUGUUUUUCGAGACCAUGUGAACCAUCAGUCAUUUUAACACUUUUCCUAUUUGGGUACUGCUAUGCAUUGGACAUCACACUAUAUUCAUUUUAGCCGAUUGCAUUUUCAAAUGUGCCUCUGAUGAACAUUUUGCUCCAUUUCUCAUGUUGAGCCAAACUAAACGUCUAAAUCAGUUUGGGAGUUCAUUUCAUUAUGCAGUGUCGAACAAAUAAUGUGUUUACUGCUUUGUCUAUAAUAAAUAUUCACAAUGUUUUUGUCUUUGUGUUCUAAUGGAACAGGAAAAUGUAUCACGUAUGGAACACAUUUGGAAUAUAACAAUUAUGUUUGAUAGAUCUUUAAAAAUUCAUCUAAGAUACUUUAGCGAUUUUGGUAUUGGGCUAGCUAGGAAUUUUUGAUAUAUAACAUAUAUAUCAAAGAUCUGGUGAAUGAAAUGAAACAUCAACAGUGUCUUGAAUUGCUGUGUAUUGCAUUGAUUAACAUAUCCUAUAUGAAGAUAGCCAUCCUAAAACUAUACUUCCGCGUCCAAUGAAUUAUCCGAGAUGAAAUGAGAUACUUUAGCGUCAUCUAACAGAAUUUAUCACAGCUUGUUUCACCUCUCCGCACUAAUUAGAAAUCUACUUUCAAGCCAACUUAAUUAGUUUAUAGCAAAUAUAUCUGGCUACAGGGCCAUCUACGAGACACUAAUCUUUUUGUAAGUAGAUUUCUAAUUAGUGUGGAGAGGAGAAACAUAGCUAGGAGGAAUUGUCAUAGAGGACGCUUUUAUUUCGGAUAAGAACAUAGUACUAGGUUGGCUAUUUUCGAGUAGAAUUUGUUAAUUAAUUAUUGGGGUUAGUAUUUUUGUUAGGGUUAGGGUUUUGUUUUACCGGCAGUGUAACAAAAAAUCCAUACUGUGAUGAUUGCUUCAGUUGUGUGGUUGAGUUAAAUGCACGGUUUGGUUAAAAGUUUUUGAAUAAUAGCCUAGACUAACUUGAGUCAUGAAUGUUACUAACAAAUGGUUAACUGGUCGAUAACUCCUUAACUUUUCUUACAUGAGUAUUUUUACUUCUUAACCGGUAAAUGGGUCCUUUCAAAUGUCUGUCAAGAGUUUAGAAGGUUUUUUUACAGGUUGUAAAUGCUUCCGAAUUUGAAAUGACUAAUUUACGUACAUGUACUUAUCAAUGUAUCUUGCUUGGUCAAUUUUCAGUUGUAUUAGUGCAUGUCUUUUGUGUGCAACUAACAAAAUUGACAUGCUACUCCUGGGUGUAUGUCUGAACUAUACCCCCUCCUUUCCAUGGAUUGUGAUUUAACUUUAAAAGAAAUGUGUUGAUUUCUAUAACUAUUAUGUAUGAAUAUAUGGUUAAAAUAAAA